GCGUGUGAAUUACUUCCGUAAAUUUAUUUACUUCCGGGAAAGUUAGGAAAGUAAAAUUUAACCUGGAAAAACACUUAUUUCAUGUUUUAUAUGUAUAUUAUUAGGUAAACAACAUAAACUGAAUGAAGCAUAAACGAAACAGAUAAAGAAAUUAAUGGUGUGUACAUUGUGUAGAGGUCAGGAUGAAAGAUGGCUGAUAGAACAAGGGAUAUGCUGAGAGACAAUUGGACAACAUUGCCAUAUUUUCAUGAUCAUUUUAAGUCAGUAGAUGAUGUUUCUCAUUUUAUAAAGAAGAAGUCUAAGGGUAAAUCUGGAUCAUUCUUACUGCGACCUAGCAACAGAAAUAGAGACCUCCUCACUGCCUCUGUUUUAGUACCAGAUAAAAGUGUACGGCAUACCCACAUCCAGAUAGAGUUUGAUGCUUCCCGGGGCUGUUGGAAGUACUUCCUUGUUGUCGAAAAGAAGUUUGACAGCGUUGAUCAGCUAAUUGAUUAUUAUAAGCAAAACCCUGUGAAAAAUUUAGAAAAUGUGAACAAUGUGUAUUUUCUGAAUCCUAUUUAUAGAUCUGAUGUUAAUGCCAAUUUAUAUACGGAACAAAAUGGGUCAAGUAGUGGCAGAUUUCAAUCAAAUCGCACAAAUAGUUUGUCAAGUUUGAGUAUAAGUAGUAGAACAUCUGAGCGAUCAUUUGACAGCUUAAAGGGUAUUCCUCCACCAUUACCUGUUCGACCAUUGAACCGAACUCAGAGUACGGACUCUAGUAGUGGCACCUGGGGUUCAAACAGUUCACAUGUUAAUACUUUACCUAAUAAUGACAUAGGCAAUAGACCACCAUUACCACUUCCUGAAGCACCAGAGAAGAAAGAGGAUGGUGGAGCGUAUGGUUACUCAAGAGCUCGAGACGUUUCUGAAGAUAUUUCAGAAAAACUUAAAGAUGUUUUAAAAUCUAGUGAACGAUGUGAAUGUGGCAUUCCUAGAAAUUUGGCAGAGUUACCUAUGGGCUGGACGGUGCAUUUAAGUAAAGACCCGUUAACUCGGGGAAAACUUUUCUAUCAGAGCGAAGAUGGAGUAACAUCAUGGCAACUCCCCCAGCAAGUUGAGAUGCAGCUUAAUAAGGUUCACAUAUCAAAUUUAAGGCAAAUUGACCAGAAUUGGAAUGUUCGACGUCAGAGUGGAACCUCUCUAAAUAGAGUUUGAAUUUGUGGUUAUGAAAAAUCUGUGAUGUAUACAUGUAAUAUAUCAAUCUUGAGCUGUACCAUAGUAUAAGAUCUAUUAUGAUAACAAUCAAGUUAUUUAUAAUGCCAGGAAGAUGUACGUAUUCAUUGAACAGCUAUUUGAUUCCUAUGUAAGUGCAAAGAAUGAGGUUUCAAAUAACAACAUUUUAUAUGAUAAAUUUAUUCAAGUAAUCAGUAAUCAUUGAGUGAAAAACAAAAGAAAAUGUAUGCCAUGUGUGGCAUUUUUUUUAAAUUCAGGUGAAUAAUUACAUAGAAAACCAUAAAUAAAAAAGACAACAAUGUUUUAUUUUUUAAUCAAAUUAUAGCCAGUAAUGUUUUUUGUAUUGGCCAACUUCUAUCAAAAUAUAGGUUAAAAUUCUUAGGAUAUCAAAUCAGUCACAUGAAGAUUGUUGAAAUACAUGCAGCAUCUGAAUUUUGUUAUGAAGCUUAUAGUUAGUUAUCAUUUCAUGUGAUCAUUUUUUGAACCUGUUCAGUAAAUUUAGAAUAAAUGUCUCUUGUCAGUUAAUUUUAUAUUUACUAUUUAAAUAACAGCAUUAAUGAUCUUUUAAACAGUCAUGUAUGUAUAUGUUAACCUGUAAAAUUUUGGAUAAUGAGGGAGUGCUCAGGUUAUUAAGGCUUCUGACAUGACAAUAAAGAUCGAAAUUGAUCAUAUUGAUAUUUGCCACGUCAUGACAAACCAACAUAAUGGGUUUGCAACCAGCAUGGAUCCAGACCAGCCUGCGCAUCCGCACACUCUGAUCAGGAUCCAUGCUGUUCGCUAUCAGUUUCUCUACUUGUUGUAGGGUUUGUAAGCGAACAGCAUGGAUCCUGAUCAGACUGGUCUGGAUCCAUGCUUGUCGCAAACCCAUUAUGUUUAUUUUGUCAUGAUGUGGCUCAGUUAUGAAUUAUAAACAAAGUAACAGUAGGGUAAAUUGGCGGUUCAAAUAAUCUGUGUAUGUGUAAUACUUGUAUAAAUUCUAAACAUUUAACCUCUUGAUGGAGUGACAAUUUUGAUUAAAAAAUAUUAAAAUUGAUUUAACAAAUUGCUUACAACUUAACUCAAGGUAUAAUUAUAAAGUAAACAUGUUAAAAUAAUUUUGUAAGAGAAGUUUGCUUAGAACUGAACAUGUAUGCUUACUUCCCCCUAGGUGCUUUAUUCAUUAUUACAGCUUGUUUUAGUCGAUAAUAAAUAGCAGCUUUCUUACAUUUUAUCAUAGUGUUAAAACAUUUAACUUUGAUAGCAAUUUAUUUAUUUAAACACCAUAUAAAAGGAUUUCUGCUUUGUAGUAGUCAUGAUUUAUGUAGCUAACAGUCAUUGAAGGAUUUUUAUUUAAAAUAAAAAUGAUGAAACACAUUUAGGCACUUAAUUGCCAUUCUCAAGUCAUGUUGUCUUGAUGUGGUAUAAGGGUUAGUAUGUAGUUCAUUUUUUUGAUUUUAUCAUAUUUCAUGAAAACAUACCGGUUAUUUCUACCUUUAACCUGAUUGAACGGGAUGUAGUUAGACUUUGCCACAAUUUAAUGAAAUUCCAGGUCAGACUGAACUUUCUGUGCAGUUUGACUAGGCACUUGAUACUGUUGCUGGCCCAAUUUUUGUGCUUGAUAUUUAAGUCCCUUUAACAUCUCUUCAAUUUUGAAUGAACUCUCACCAGGCAAAACUAUUUCACACAUAUAGCAGAUUAAGGGUUAAGCAAGCAAAUGGUGGAUGGAGUAACUCUGAUAUAGUAAGAUUGUUUAUAUUGAUGUUGUUUAUAAUCACUUUGUUGUCAUUAAAUGUUGCUGAAACUUGCUCAAAUAUUCUGUAUAUUUGUCAGUAUUUUUUCUGCUUACAUGCACUUUAAGUAGGAAACUGUAUAAAAAAAUACUGUCAAAAGUUAUACUUACAAUUUUAUUGAACAAGAUCUACGUUAAAGUGAUAUUAUGCUCAUUUUUCCAUUGUCAAGGUGAGCAGACUUGACCAUAUACACCAUGUAUUUCAAAAAUUGACUUUUAUUAUGGUGACUGACCAACUGUUGAUAUUGAAAAAUGUGUAGGAUAAAAUAUAAAUAUGUUAAAAAUAUAAAAAGGUUGCCCCACUCCUUUUGUAAAUUGAACAUAACAGGUGAAUAAUGAUAGGGAAAUUUCCAUAGGCCAUGUGAAUUAUUUAUAGUUCAUUCGAAGAAAGUUAUAAAAUUGAAA